GGCUCGUUCCGGGGGGCUGCCUGCUGUAGUAAUGGAGGGGGUCACAGUCGGCCAGGUAUUCGAUGCGGAAUGCAUCCUCAGCAAACGGCCGAGAAAGGGAAAGGCUGAGUAUCUGGUGAAGUGGAGGGGGUGGUCGUCCAAACACAACAGCUGGGAGCCGGAGGAGAACAUCCUGGACCCGAGGCUGCUGGCAGCGUUCCACAAGAGAGAACAAGAGCGGGAGCUUCUGUUCCAGAAGAAAGGGAAGCGGCCGAGAGGAAGACCGAGGAAGAUUCUGCAGCCCGAGCCAGCCGCCACGAAAGACAGCCGCUCCUCUUCCUCCUCGUCCUCCGGCCUUUCGUCGUCUGCCUCCUCCUCUUCCUCGGAGGACGAGGAGCGCAGUCCGAAGGUGAAGCCUCGAGUCCCCUCCGCCCCCCAGAAGAGGCCCCAGAUGGUGCUCGCCAAGCCGGACCCUCCCUGCAAGAAGAAGCGCGGCAGGAAGCCGCUGCACCCGGACCUGAGGGCGCUGAGACAGGCGAAGAGCAGACCUCCUCCUUCUCCUUCCAUUUCCCCUUCUCCUUCUCCUCUUCCUCCUCCUUCCCCUCCUCCUCCUCGCCACCACCAGGUGCUCAGACCACCCAGGGAGGACCCUCGCCCUGGUGUGAAGAAACCUCUACAGCCUGCCAGCUUCACCUACACGGGUCUGAGCCGGGCCUCCAGGGAGGAGGCCUUCCCCGCCUCCCACACCUCCUCCAGCUCCUUCUCCCAGACCGCCGCCUCCAAAACCGGAUCCCUCAGCUGCAUCUGGACCAGUCGCUCCAUGUCGCCGUCCUCCUACAGCAAGAACUCUCUGUCCGAGCUGAAGCGCUCCGUCUCAGAAGCAGGAAGCGGCAGAGCGGACGGGUACAAAGCGGUGAAACCCGGCGGCGGUUCGGGGUCGUCGGGUUUGCACGGCGGCUUCGGCGGCCCGGCGGUUCAGCGCUCCCCGCUGGGCCAGAGGAGGCAGGAGGGCGCCGGCUCGGUCCAACACAAGCAGCAGAGCCUCCCCAAAGCGACGUCCUCGCCGACGCCGCGAGACCGAGCCAACCAGGCGCUGAACCUCCGAGCUCUCAACCUGCAGAGCGUCAGCCGGCCGCCGGGUGGAGCCGCCGGCCUGCUGGGGAACAGCGCCGGAGCGCCGGCGAGGUCGAGCUUGAGGAGUGGCGGCCACGUCACGAAAGGAGGAGUGGCCAGCGGCAAAGAGACUCGGACCUCGGCGGGCCAGCGGUCCGGUCUGGUGGCCGGCGGAGAGCGGGGGAAGGAGGCGACCGCGAAGACCGCGAAGACCACGAAGACCACGGGAACCGGCGGCGGGAGACACGAGGAGAGGAAACACGCGCUCGCCUCCCAGAACCGGAGCCUGAACGAACUUAGCACCGGAGACUCCGACGAGACCAGCAGCAGCGAAUCGGAGCCGGACGACGUGGCGCCGUAUCCCACCGGCAGCCGGCCCGGACUCCUCGGAGGCGGCGGCGCCGGCGAUGCCGCCGGGUCCGACGCAGAGUCGGACUGGCGGCCGGCCCGGAGCCUCCUGGAGCACGUGUUCGUCACCGACGUCACGGCCAACUUCAUCACGGUGACGGUGAAGGAGUCGCCGACCAGCGUCGGGUUCUUCAACUCGAGGAACCACUGACAGGUUCGGUCAGCUGGUCCGCUCUCAGGGUUCUCUCUCAGAGCUCCGCGAGGGUCCGGUUUCCCGACCCGGAUCCCGGGAACUCCGAUCCAUCAUUUCGUGUUCACACCCAGUUCAAGUGGUUCUGUUGUGGAACCAACACAUACACUCCACUGCUGCGGAGACGACGUGCACUUAAGAACCCGCAGAUUGAGAACCUAGGAGAACCUAGGAGAACAUCUGGCGCCGAGACCUCAACGGGCCGCUUGGAACCAAAAACACGUUAAAUUGUAACUUUUUGAACGGAUGUUGAACUGUCAAGUCGAUACAUUAAAGGUCAAAGUCUUCAUUCACCAGGUGGUGAAGAACAUGAAGGUGAUGAAGAACAUGAAGGUGAUGAAGAAGAACAUGAAGGUGAUGAAGAACAUGAAGGUGAUGAAGAAGAACAUGAAGGUGAUG